AUUAGCAGGUACUGUACCUAGGCUGCCGGGCUACUGGGUAGGUGCCAGUGGGUUGCAUGAACGAUUAUCUAUGAAUAGCUGUAUCAUCACCUAUUAGUCUCCUGUUUUACCUUCGCUAGGGGCCUGAACAGGCAGACAACCAUUCUUACUCAAUCCUAUUCAUAAUAAAAUAGAGACUUUGACAUUUCAACAUUAAUUAUUCCUCCUUCACAUCACAUUUUCCAGUUACACCUGUUACUUACACUCUGAUCAAGAUGUCCGCUCCGACUGAUGCGAGCAAGACCGGCCCCGCCACCACGGCACCCGAAUCUCCAACUACCGUGCGCCCGUUCGAGAUGGACGACGACGAUAUCCAAGAGACUGGCGUCCUAGGCGAUGAGACCGCCCACCCUACAGCCCCGAGUACUACGGCGGCUACAGCGGCUUCAACGGCCACCAACCCGCCUACAGCUACCGAAGAAUCUGCGCCUCCGAAACCUCCUCGACCGCUUACCGAACAGCAGAAGAAUGAGAUGAUUCUAAAAGAGGCAUUUCCAGGUAUUGAAGCUACUGUCAUCAAGGCUGUUCUGAUAGCUAGCGGUGGUCAAAUCGACCCAGCUUUCAAUGCUCUUUUAGGCAUGAGCGACCCGGAUGCUGUCCAGAAUGAGCCCGCACGCGAGACUGCGCCUCCCCCUCAACCUCCACGACCAACCGGGCCUAGAAGUCCCAUGUCGCAAUUGGAAGCCGACGAGCUCUACGCUCGACAACUCGCUCAGCAUUACGAUAGCGUCGGUGCCUACGAAGCAAGAACAACAAAUCGUGGCCCGGGUGGUCAGUACCGACGACCAGAGACGGGUUUGAAGCCUAACGAGAUGUACGACCGAGAACACAGCUUCAUCGACGAUGACCUUCCCGUCAUUAGGGAAAACCUACGCAAAGGAUUCCUCGACACCCAAACUAAAGUCAACAGUUGGUUCACCAACCUAAAGAAGAAGAUUGAUGGGGAAUAUGACGAGGACGAGGACGAAACGCAGCCCUCUAAGAACCAACGCCAACACCCACUAGGCAGACGUAGCGGGGAGGGUUCAAGGAGGAGUGCGGACUAUGAACGCUACGACGCCGAUCCGCAGGUCCUAAGUGAUGACUUCGCAGGAAUAAGGCUUAAUCCUGAUGGAAGAUCUUCCCAAGAUCGCCCGUCAAGCAACCCUAGCCUCCAUAGACCACCCCCACCAUCUACAUCUCCUAGGCCUGAAGGUCGCAAGGUUGCCUUCAAGGAAGGCUUCGAAGAUAUCGACCAAUAUGAUGCUUCCCCGAGAAUUCCUCCCAAGGAUAGCAGUGCGACUCCGCCCCCGGGCAAGCAAAGCAAAUGGCAACCUCUAUCGUCGGUAGAACCCAAUCCGAUUACAGACAACGAUCCCUUUAGCCUCGGCGACAGCGAGGAUGAAAAAGAUGCAAAGAGUGGUGGGAUUAAGAUGGAGGCUAGUGAGAGGCUAAAGCAAGCCACAGCAGAUGCUAUGGCUGAUAGUUUAGUCAGCUCUGAGAAGAAGACUGGUGGCAAGGAUUAAUAGCUAAACUAGAUUGUUUCUUGGCGACAUGUUUGGAACGUUGAAUGAAUGAUACAGCUGGGUAGCAUGGUGCAAACCCAUCCUAAUGCGUCGUUUACAGGCCUUUCCACCAGCAUGGAUAUCUAUUCAAUCUGUUUAAUCGAGCUUUGACGGCCUGAUAUUUGAGCCGAUUCCCGACUAGUAGGCAGCCACUAGGUAUCAUAUUAGAUACGUGGGUGAAAUUCUAACGAGUGACCUACCAAACCGGGCAAUGAUCUAGAACUCGUCUGCCAUUCAUUGCCUAACAAAGGGUGAUUUAGCGACGCUCUGAUUGGUCGACUUGUGUCAUGGAUGACCUGCAUUCUUCGUAUCCGUACUGUAGUCCUGUAUUCUGUACGUGACAUUACGUGACAUACGCGAGCUUUGCGAGUGGUACUCGGCU